AUGGCAGGUAACACUCUAUCAGAUCAGUCUCAGUCUGAGAAGCAGGGCGGCUCCAUCGUCCCCUCUUCGGACCCGGACCCUGAAUCCAUCUCCGGAACCCAGCACGGAGACGGAGAAUCAUCCCCUGCAGAACCAGAACAUGAACUCUACCCAGAGGGCGGUACCCAGGCAUGGCUUGCCGUUGCGGGCUCCUUCCUCGUUUACUUCGCAUCUUUCGGUGUCGUGAACAGCUUCGGCUUCUUCCAGACCUUUUAUCAACAAGAGUACCUGAAGAAUUACUCGCCCACCGCCAUUUCCUUCAUCGGAACCCUGCAGAUCACCCUGAUGUAUCUGUCAGGUGCUGUUGCCGGAGCACUGUUUGAUCUCUACGGUCCCAAAUGGCUCUACCUGUUCGCUGCCAUUGGUGGUGCCGGCUCCAUGCUUGCGACAUCCUUCACGCAGCCGAAUGCAAUCUGGCAGCAAUUUCUGGCCCAAUCACUUCUCUUCGGCCUCACAGUCGCCUAUGGAGUGCAACCCGCUCUCACGGUUGCAGGGCAGUAUUUCCACCGCAAGCGUGCUCUGGCCAUGGGAAUCGUCGCCUCCGGUAGCAGUUUCGGAGGAGUUUGCCUGCCGAUCAUGUUCUCCAAACUGAUUCCCACCAUUGGUUUUCCGUGGGCACUGCGUGUCGGGGCCCUGAUCAUGGUCAUCUGCUACGCUAUAGCCAUAGCCGUCUCCUCGUCUAAACGGCCCAAGAGGAAGAUGAGAUCUCUUAGGGAUCUGCUUGACUACAAAGGCUUUCUCGACAUCCGAUACUCUUGUCUCUCAGCCGGAGCAGUCAUCUCAAGUCUCGGCAUUUACGUUCCGUUCUACUACAUUGAGCCGUUUUGCGUCGCCCUUGAUCCGAAUUCGACCAUUCGGCCUUACCUUCUCCCGCUGAUCAACGCGGCCAGUCUUUUUGGUCGUAUCAUUGGCGGUCAUGCGGCGGACCGCAUCGGACGGCUGAACUUUCUCUACCCCAUGAUCCUUUUAUGUGGGCUUUUGUGCGUGGCGAUGUGGCUCCCUGCUACAACCCCUGGCGUUCUGGCUGGCUUUGCCUGCCUCUACGGCUUCGCAUCUGGGGUUUUCAUCUCAGUCAUGCCUGCCGCCACCGGCCAAAUCAUCCCUGCUGAUAAGUUGGGCGCAAGGCUCGGCGCUUUUGGCACCGUUACGUCCAUGGCGUUUUUGACCGGCAGUCCAAUCGCUGGCGCGUUGAUUACAAGUGAGACCCGAGCCGGGUACCAUUCUCUGAUCAUCUUUGCACCCGAGCAGAAGAUUGCCUCAGCUAUGCUUACCGCUUCCAAUAUGGCAUCUCGAAGCAUAGUACAUGCUGACCUGGGGCAAAAGCGAUCGAAACUCAGCUUAUGCACAACAGCAUGUCAUCAUAUCGCCCCCUGUUAUAAAGAGACUACCUCGAAAUACAUAUUUAAGAUCACACCGCCAUUAUACGGACAUCUUCCCGGUUCCCAAGACCGUGAACGGACUUUUCAUCACUCUCCGAAGUUAUCCCAAGCCAUGUCAGAAAGCGCCACAUACUUGAUCACUGGAGCGGGUCGCGGCCUCGGUCGCGGCCUCGCCGAGGCGCUCCUCCAACGGCCCAACACCACAGUCAUUGCCGCAACGCGCUCUCAAGACCAGGCCUCUGAUUUGCUCAGCUUUCGCACCCACUCCGGAAGCAGACUAAUCACCAUCACAAUCGAUAGCCGUUCCCCGAAGGACGCCUCCCUUGCGAUUGAGAAACUGGUCCACGAUCAUGGAGUGGAUACGAUCGACGUGGUAAUCGCCAACGCGGGCAUCAGCAAGGCCCCUACCCCGGCUGCGGAGACGCCAAUUGAAGACGUCCUCGACUGCUUCACUGUAAACGCCGUUGCGCCCUUGCUUCUAUUCCAGGCUACGUGGCGCCUCUUAGCGAGAUCGUCGACACCAAAGUUUGUCGUGAUCUCGAGUAUUGCCGGGAGUUUGGGCGAGGUCCCUCGGUAUGCCUCGCACUGCGCGGCCUACGGCUCCUCCAAGGCCGCGGUCAACUUCAUGGUCCGCAGGAUUGGGAGAGAGAACGAAAGUCUAAUCGCCCUUGCUCUGCACCCAGGGUGGAUGCAAACGGAGAUGGGCAACGCUGCUGCGGUCAGGUUCGGAAAAAAGGAGGCCCCUGUCUCUGUCGCUGAGGCGACGGACUCCAUUCUCACUGAGAUUGAUCAAGCGACCCGGGAGACUGCAGCUGCAUUCCGCACCUAUGAUCACAAGGAGCUUCCGUGGUGA